UUGUAUUUGCCAAAAAAGAUGAUAUUUCUUCGCUUAUGCAGUCUCCACAUUCUUACGUUCUUUCUUCUUUUGGUUCAAACACAUUCAGAAGAUGGACGAAAGAGCUACAUUGUGUACAUGGGUGAUCUUCCCAAAGGCGUGGAAUCCACGGAAUCACUUCACAUCACUAUGCUUCGAAAUAUCCUCGGCAGCAAAUUUACAGCAGAUGUUUUGGUACAUAGCUACAAGAAGAGUUUAAAUGGUUUUGUCGCAAAGCUAACAGAAGAAGAAGCAGCGAGAAUGACAGGAUUGGAUGAUGUUGUUUCUGUUUUCCCAAACAAAAGGAAUGAAGUGCAGACAACAAGGUCUUGGGAUUUCGUAGGUUUAUCUCAGUCUGCGAAGAGAACAAGCAAAGAGAGUGACAUAAUUGUCGGAGUAAUAGAUACUGGAAUUUGGCCAGAAUCUCGUAGUUUUGAUGAUCAAGGAUUUGGUCCACCUCCAUCAAAAUGGAAGGGCACUUGCCAUAACUUCAUCUGCAACAAUAAAAUAGUUGGAGCUAAAUAUUUUCGUACGAAGGAUUCAUAUGAAGAGUUGAGUCCAAGGGAUUCAAAUGGGCAUGGCACUCAUUGUGCAUCCACUGCCGCUGGAAACUCAGUUGAGUUCGCAAGUUUCUUGGGCCUUGCGUCAGGAACAGCAAGAGGAGGAGUUCCAUCAGCACGCAUUGCUGUGUACAAAGUUUGUUCGUCAUCUGGUUACUGUGAUGAUACAGACAUCCUUCAAGCAUUUGUUGAAGCAAUUGAAGAUGGUGUUGACAUCAUUUCCAUUUCAAUUGGACCUGCCAAUGUAGAACACUACAACUAUUUCAAUGAUGUAUAUGCCAUUGGGGCUUUCUAUGCUAUGAAGAAAGGUAUAUUAACGUCUACUUCAGCUGGUAACAGCGGUCCAGAGUAUUAUACAACAUCCAAAAAUGCACCAUGGGCACUUUCUGUAGCAGCUAGCACUACAGACAGAAAGUUUUUAACCAGUGUUCAGUUGGGUGAUGGCAGAACUUAUCAGGGAUUUUCAGUUAAUAUAUUUGAUUACGUGAGCUAUCCAUUAAUUUAUGCUGGAAAUGCACCAAACAUCAUCGAUAGAUACAACAAUUCCAUAUUCAGGUUAUGCCAGGAAAAUUCCUUAGACGAGAAUUUGGUGAAAGGAAAAAUUGUUUUGUGUGAUGAUUUCCAACAAUCUUCAUGUGUGAGAUCGGUUUCUGGGGCAGCUGGUAUUUUAUUUAGAAGUUUAGGGCCAAACGAUGUCGUUUUUACAUAUGCAUUGCCACCAGUUCUCCUUCGUCGCAUAGAUGGGGCUCGCAUACAUUCAUACAUAAGUCGAUCAAGAAAUCCCACUGUUACCAUAUUUAAGACUUAUCAAGAUCCAGACUCAAUAGCCCUUUACACAGCUCCAUUCUCAUCUAGAGGACCAAAUGCAGUCAAUCAAAACAUUCUUAAGCCAGAUUUAGCUGCCCCUGGGGUUGACAUUUUAGCUGCGAGUCCUCCAAUUUCAUUUGAUUCUAAUGUCGGAGGAGAUAUUAGAAUUGCAGAGUAUAAUAUAAUGUCUGGAACUUCAAUGGCAUGCCCUCAUGCUACUGCAGCAGCAGCUUACAUCAAAUCGUUUUAUCCUGAUUGGUCCCCUGCUGCAAUCAAAUCAGCACUGAUGACCACAGCUACCCCAAUGAGUAAAAAACUCAAUCAUGAAGGUGAAUUUGCUUAUGGUGCUGGCCAAAUCAACCCUAUGAAGGCACUGAAUCCUGGGUUAGUUUAUGAUGCAAAUGAAAUUGAUUAUGUUAACUUUCUAUGCGGCGAAGGAUAUGAUACCAAAAAGCUACGAACUAUUACAAAGGAUGAUAGCAGCUGUACACAACAACCUAAUAAUGGAAUGGUUUUGAAUCUUAAUCUCCCAUCUUUUGCCCUUUCCAUGAACACUUCAACACCUUUUAGUAGCACUUUUCACCGAACCGUUACCAAUGUUGGAGCCAACACAUCAACAUACAAAGCUAGGCUAAAUGUACCUCCGUCUUCGUUAAAGUUGAAAGUAGAGCCAGACGUUAUGUCCUUCUCAUAUGUGGGUCAAAAGAAGUCCUUCACUCUUGUGAUUGAAGGAACACUUAACGAGGUUACAGUUUCGUGUUCUUUGAUUUGGGAUGAUGGAACUUUUCAAGUAAGGAGCCCUAUUGUUGUGUUCGAUCCACAAAUGUAAGUUACAAGUGAGCCC